AUGAUCCAAAUCAAAGGCCAACUAUUGAAAAUAUUUUUGAUUCUCUCGAAAAUAUCAAAUUAGAGAAUAUAUAUCAAGAUAUUCAAUUAAAAGCUAAUAUUAAUAAUCAAUCUCAAGCUUUAAUGGACGUAUUCAGUAGAGAUUCCGUAUCCAUUACUUCUUCAUUUACAACAUCAAAUUGGGGGGAAGUUACAGUAAUGAAAAAUCUCCAAGAAUCAUCUACUCUAUCCAUUUCCAUAUCUACUUCCCUAUCUACUUCCUUAUCUACUACUCCUAAUUCUAAUGACUAUGAUAAUGUAACAAUCGGCAAUCAAUUUAUAAAGUAUAAUUAUAAUGAUUUUAAAAAUCUUAAAAAUAUUGGAAAAGGGAAAUUUGGAAUGAUUUACAGUGCAACAUUAAAGAAUGGAAAGAAUAGAAAGAGAACAGUGGUUUUAAAAUCUAUAGUUGUUGCUACUGUGGAAUUAUUUUUUAACGAGCUUAAACGGUAUUCACGAGCCAGUUCGCAUGAAAAUAUAAUCGGAUUCUAUGGAAUUUCACAAAAAGACUUGAUAGUUUAUAUUUCACAGGGGAAUAGAGAAGAUCCAAUCAUUGGAACACCACAUGAUUAUAUUAAAAUCUAUCAAGAUUGUUGGAAUCAAUUCCCUGAUCAACGUCCAAAUAUUGGUAAAGUCGUACAAGAUCUCGAAUGUGUAGAUUUAACAAAUAUUUUAGUUGAACUAACGGAUUGGUCCUCAAAUAAACCCGUUAAUUCCCUUGCACCAGCAAGAAAGUUUUCAAUCCGCAAUCUGUCUUCAAAAUAA